AUGGGUUCUCUCGGUCCUGAGCCUAAGGUCCCCUGGAACAAGACUCCUUGUGUCUUGAGCCCUCAACUUACUCGUGUUGCAGGAUGCAACAUCUACCUAAAGCUGGAUAACCUCCAGCCUAGUGGUUCCUUCAAGUCCCGUGGAAUCGGAAACCUCAUGACCCGUGCCGCCAACAACAGUGCUGGCGAUGUACACUUUUACUGUUCAUCUGGAGGCAACGCCGGCCUUGCCUGUGCCACUUCCGCCGUUGCUCUUCAGCGCCCUGCGACGAUUGUCAUUCCACUGACGACUUCGGAGAUGAUGAAGAAUAAGCUCUUGGAUCUUGGUGUUGAAGUGCACCAAACGGGAAAGAACUUGGCCGCCGCCGACGAGUAUCUGCGCACAGAACUUCUCGCCAAGGACCCCCAUGGAGUCUAUGUCCCUCCAUUUGACCAUCCUCAUGUCUGGGACGGUGCUUCUACCAUCAUCCCUGAGCUCCGGGAGCAGAUGGACGAGCCAAUUGAUGCCAUUGUCUGCAGUGUUGGCGGUGGCGGCUUGUUCAACGGUCUUAUGCAGGGCAUCGAGGACUUCCCUUGGUCAGGUUCCAAACCCGAGGUUGUUGGCGUCGAGACUCUUGGUGCCGACAGCAUGAAUGCUUCGCUCAAGGCCAACGCUCACAUUACACUUCCCGAGAUCACAUCCAUUGCUACCUCUCUGGGCUGCUCCCGCGUCUCCGCUGAGACGUGGAAGUGGUGCCAAUACCCCAACACUCACAGCCUGGUCGUCUCAGACGCUGAUGCAGCCAUCAGCUGCGUCCGCUUCGCCGAUGAUGCCCGUCACCUUGUUGAGGUUUCUUGCGGCGCCGCUCUGGCCACUGUCUACAAGGGUGACCUACGAGAACGCCUGGGCCGUGGUCUCACUGACGCCGAAUGGGCCCAGAAGAACAUUGUCAUCAUCGUAUGUGGUGGCUCUGGGGUCACAUUGGGCAUUCUUGACCAAUACGUACGGGAGUACGGAAACAAGACCACCAUCAAGAUCUGA